CCUUGCAAAGAAUCAGAUUCCAAAAUGAAGGAGAAGAAUUUCCCAAAGACAAUUCCAAAAGUUGAAAUAUGAGCAGCAGCUGAUCCAUGAUGCUCUUCCAUAUCAUCAACUUCCAUCAAAAUAAUUUUUUUUUCUUUCCUGUGUACACCUCUAUCAAAUCCUGUCAAUUCCAUGUUCAUGCCAGGAAAGUAUUAUUGCAUGCUGAUGAAGAUCAAUGUUGACUGCAAUGCUUGCUGCAGGAAAUUAAGGAGAAUCAUUCUAAACAUGAAAGAAAUAGAUUCAAAUUUGAUAGAGCAGCAGCAGUGCAGGGUGUGUGUGUGUGGGAUAUUUAAACCAUCGGAUGUGGCAAGAAAGAUACAAAAGAAGAUGAAGCGUAGAGUCGGAAUUCUGGAAAUUCAAGAGUUCAACACGGACGGCAACGAACAAGGACAGAGAAAUAACCCUGCUGGUGGCUAAUUGUUGUUGAUAAUGGGUAUUUUUAAGGUCUGUGCUCACUUACCAGGUCUGAAUAAGGCAGAAUCUUUAGAAGGUUUGGCAAUCCUAAGUUUCACAGAACAUUGGGAUAUUACUAAUUUGACAUAAUCCAAUCUUGUAUAUAUAAAUGGGAAGUUUAACUUUCAUGGGUUAGAAGUUAGAUGUAUAAUAGAGAUGUCAACUGCAAAACAGAACAUUCAGAAUGUAACAUGAACAUAGUGCAUAUACAGUA